UAAUAAAAGUAGUUACCCCUAUUUACUGAAAUGGACUAGGAGAAACAAAAAUACAAUUCUUUAGCAUCUUGCAAUUUUUUCAGAUAGAAAAACAUGGAAGUUUCAGAAACUUGUAUGCUUUAUAUAAAAUAAUUAUAAAAUUAGAAUUUUUAGUAGCUUGCAUGGUUUACCAAAUUAAAUUUUUUUUUAAUUACAGGUAAAUGAAACAUUGUGAUAUAUUGCAUUAUAAUUUUUAUUAGGGAUGGGAAAGUCGAUCCGUCGAUUCUUCGAUACCCCGAUUUUUUGAUACAUAAUCGAUAAUCGAGGAUCGGCGAAAAUCACCGAUUAUUAAAAUUCUGCAGGAUGUAGACGUAAAGUGCUGCCUAGCAGCGGUUCAUCGCUGUCGUUGCAGUAAUUUUAGUCAGUUUUACAACUAAAUAAAUAACCAUAAACGAUAUAAUAAAUAAUAAAUGAAAUAUAACAUAGCUUACCACAGCUCAGUUGCCACAAUCCCGUAAGCGGGAACGGAGGUUGGCGAUUUCGUACUGUGCAUUUAGGGUUAUUUAUUUAUUAACGCAGUGUUAUCGUAUAAAGAAAUUGUAGCCCAACUUUUACUUGCUGAAUACACCCACAUUGGUAGCCAUGUGCACAAAAUUUCAAGAUUCUACUGAGAAGUGUGCCACGUUUUCUACGUUUCUAGUAUAUUUAUUCACUUGCGUUGUUGCAUAUUUAUUUUCGUCAAUGAUUUUUUUUGUUAACCAGCAUUUGUCUAUACAUGAACUUUCACAGGUUUGCCAACUUCCGGUACAGAUCUUAUUCUCAAUUACUUAACGAUAAAAUGCAAGAAUAAUGUGGCCAUAGCCCGUAACAUUUUACGAGUUACGUAUUUUCCGUAAUUUAUUUAAUAACAGUAAACAUUAAAUCACCAGUUAAUUACGCAACUUAAACAUAAAAUUUCAAUGGACGUUUUUGAAACACGUUUUCAUUCCAGUAAGUUACCAGUACGGCAACUGUAGAAAUUUUCUUACAUGCUUUUGUUUCCAGUGAUGCUUCUUUGUUUGAAUGUUGGGUAAUGUUAGCGCAAUACGAAUAGUAAAAUAACAUUUUUAUUUACGUGAUGUCUAGUGAAGUGUGGAAAUACUUUGUCAUCGACCGACAAAAUUCUGGCUACGCAAUAUGUCAAAUCUGUAAAUGUACAAUCUCACGUGGCGGUAAAUCUAAAACUACAACAAACAUGAAAAAACAUCUCGAAAACAAGCAUGGGAGUUACGUUCAUGAGACGAAGAAACAAAGGCUACAUUCAUCGGAAUUGAGCGAGAUUGAAGAAAAUGAAAUAGAUGAUAGUUCAGCACAAAAUUGUUCUUCAGAGACAACCUUGCCAUUGUCAUCAAAUUCAGAUGUUAGGCCUACUGCUACUGAUUCAUCGAGAGGCAGCGGUUCAGUGUCCCCGAGGCAUGCUGAGAAAGUUGGCCAAACGAAUAUUUCAUCAAGAACACCAAACCAGUAUAGGCUAACUCCUAAAAGUCAAUACCAGCCUACAUUACAAUCAUUUAUUGAUAAAACUGCACAAUUCAAGUCCACUGAUCCUCGUGCAAAAUCAAUAACUCAGCACAUAGGUAGAAUGAUGUGCUUAGACAAUCGUCCUUUUAGCAUGGUUGAAGACAGAGGAUUCACAGAAUUUGUCAAAUUCCUUGAGCCUAGGUAUGUUUUGCCCAGCAGAAAACAUUUUUCAAAUACUGUUGUACCACACAUGUACCAAGAAUGUAGGGAAAAUGUGAACAAAAAGUUGGACGAAGCUGAACAUGUGAGUCUUACAACAGAUAUGUGGACUUCAACAGCCAAUGACGAUUAUCUUGGUCUAACUGUGCAUUUUGUUGAUUCCAAUUUUGUCUUGCAACACCUCAACAUUGGGGUUAUUCCCUUUCCUGAAUUAUCUCACACAGGGAACAAUUUGUGCAAUUUUAUCACAGAAACACUUGAAGAAUGGAAGCUGCAAUCUAAAGUUGUUGCCAUUGUAAGAGACAAUGCCAGGAACAUAACUGCUGGCCUAGAAUCAUCCGAAUAUGAACAUCUGCCAUGCCUAGCACAUACCCUGCAGCUUGUUGUAAAGGAAGGGCUACUGAACAACAAGAAUGUAAAUAAUCUGAUUGCCAACGGUCGUCGCAUAGUUGGCCAUUUCAAACAUUCUUGUAAGGCGACAAAAGAGUUAAAGAAGGCUCAAGCCACGCUGAAAAUGAAAAAACAUAAACUUAUCCAGGAUGAACCAACGCGUUGGAAUUCAUCUCUCCAUAUGCUACAGCGCUUACUUGAGCAAAAACAGUCUGUUUCUUUAGCAUCAGCAACUCUGCAGUUACCUGUGACUUUUUCAUCAGCAGAAUGGAACCUGAUGACAAAUGUAGUAAACCUUUUAAGUAUUUUCAACCAUGCAACAUUGGCUGUAAGUACUCAGUGUGUGACAGCCUCAGAAGUCAUACCUAUAAUCAACAGUUCUACUGAAGAGCUAAGGAAACCAGCACCUACUGGAUCAGGUGUACAGGGCAUCAAAAAUGAUAUGCUUGCUGCCAUAACUUUGAAGUAUUCUGAUGUUGAAGAGAAUAUGUUGUACGCAGUUGCAACAUUACUGGACCCACGAUUUAAACACCAUGUUUUUGUGCAGGACGGUAAUGUCACAAAAGCGAAAGUUUUUUUGAUUGAAGAAGCAAGAAAAACUAUCUGUUUGAAACAACCUGAAACUGAGUCUGUGCCGCAAACAUCCAGCCAAGCAAUGGAAAGCCAUGGUAUGUGGACAUUUUACUCAAACAUAAUGAAGACUGCCCCAAGUGUAAGCCACAUCGCAUCAGUUGAAGAUGAGAUUAAUGUUUACUUGGAAGAACCUAUUCAAAAUUCAAGUACCAACGUUUUCCAGUAUUGGAAAGAAAAUACCAAGUACCCAUGUUUAAAAAAACUGUCAAAGAAAUUUCUUUGCAUUCCACCUUCAACUGUACAUUCCGAGCGAUUAUUCAGCACUGCAGGACUGAUUGUUGAUCAGAAACGGAACCGUUUAGAUCCUGAACGAGUCAAAAUGUUGGUUUUUUUAAAUAAGAAUUUGUGAUCUAAUAAGAAUUUAGGAUCUAAUAAGACUUUGUGAUCUAAUAAGAUGCUUUGCCAGUUUUCAUUUAUUAUUUUAAGAACUUUCAAUUUUAUUUUGUCAAAAGUGUUGUUUUUAUGAUAUUUCACUAUGUUGUCAUUUAUUUCAAAGGUAUAAAGAUUGAAUUUGGUAGUUUCUGGUUUUUUACAAUAUUUUUAAUAAUCACAACUUUUUGUGGCUAUUUAAAGUUUGAUUGAUAAAUGUUAAUGAUUGUACAUUUAGUAAUUAAUAUACUAUUUAUUAAAUUGUAUUCCAAUGAAAUUGUUAGUAUUUUGAUGACUUUACGACAAUUCACUUUUUAUUAGUACUACUGACCUAUUACUAAAUUACGUAUUCUCUUUUCAAAAUUACAUAUUCAACUGGAUUAAACAUAAUCCACAUAAAAAAUAAUGCUUGCCCUACACAUUACACAUUACAGAAUAGUAAUUUCAAUUUCUUUAUUUCAAGUAAUGUAAAGUUUUGUUUUAUGUGUUAAAUUUAAUAGUAUUUAUUUAUUAUUUUGAAAAAUGCUUUUUUAGUGUAUUCAAUAAGUAUGUUUACUGAUUCCAUUGUAACUUAUACUUCAAUCCCGAAAAUGAGAAUCUAUAACUUAACCUAAUUGAUUGGAAUCGAUAAUCGAUAAGAAUCGAUGAUCGCAACAAGACUCGAUAAUCGGUAUCGAAUCGAAAAUUUUGAAAAUUUCCCAUCCCUAAUUUUUAUAGCUUUCUAUAAAAAAAAUCUUUCGUCUCAGUGAUUUUCUUUACUUAAAAUUCAUAUUGCUGUAGGAUACCCGGAAGCAUCCAGAAGUUUUGAGAUAUUUUUUCAGUUGUCGAGUAUUUUAAUAACAUGUAAUCUCCAGUUAACACACAGUAGAACCCGUUAUAAUGUAUUAAUUUGGGUAUUACUAAUUUUAUUUAAUAAUGAUGUUUUCAAAAGUUAUAAUCUUUAUCUGUUCGUCGCGGUGUACCACUUUUUGGUUAUGUUGAUUCCGGUAUAGUGCACUUAUGUAGUUGAAUAUCAAUAUUGAUAGCGGGCUGUGUCUAGUGCUGAGUUAACUACGUUUAAUAGCCCGCACUUUUCGUGAUUAGUGUGUACUAGCAAUGAUAGCUGUGUUUUGGUUCUGGCUAACUUUCGGGUCACGGUUUUUGUCUAUUUAAAGUUAAAAAAAAAAAUUUUGUUGCACGAUUAAUUAAUUUAUAUUGUUUGGCGUCCUUUAAUUUACUAUACUUUUUAAACACACGUACUUCCAUGAAUAGGUUUUAUUUUUAUGAAUUACUCCACCUAACAAAAAAUGUGCUAUGGUUUUUGCAAAUAUUUGAUACUAAUAACAAUAAAAUUAUAUAAUAAGGGAUAUUCUUUCAUUUAUAGAAAAUUCUAAUAGUUUUUUU